GAGAGCCCGAGGCUUGAUAUCGUCUUGCAGAAGAAGUUCUGUUCCAAUGGCCGUGGAUGUGGGAAAAUCACUUUCUGAAGCCUCACUGAGCGGGAAGGCCGAGGGCAAUGGUAGGUGGGACUGCACAGAGGUGGAGACGGACUACCCGGAGCUAGCAGACAGCCUGCGCCGGCUUUUAGGGGCAGAGGAAGCCAAGCCCUGCCUGCAAGGGAUGGAGAGCAUGGCAAUGAGCGGACGCAGUCGCUUGGCCACUGGUGUUACCCAGGGAGGCUCAAGCUACCGCCAAGAAGCAUCUUCAGCAUCCGCAUCCAGAUUUCCCAGAGCAAGAGCAAGCCUCUCGGAGACAGAGGCGUUGAUUUAUAGAGCCGCCGACGGCGAUGAUGUGCCUCGUCGUGUUAGCCACCGGUUCCUCUCCUCAGAAGAGCAGCAGCAGGUGAAGGCAUUGGGCUGUUGGGAGCCGGCGUCCAGCCCUCCCAGCCGGCGCAGCUCUGCAGAGGAGAGCAUCCUUGCUGGCAGCUGCCGCGAUGCCCGUGCCGGCCGGCAGAGCCAAAGGCUGGGACCUCAAUCCCCAUUUUCCUCCACCCCGGAGCUCCUACGGCCCCAAACUCCCCCCAGCCCCGAGAGCGCCCUGCGGAGCCGCUCCGCGUCGAGCUUCUCCAGUCUGUCUUCAGAAGAAAAUGGCCUCUCCGAAAAGCCAUCCCGAAGCUUGCCGGCCAGCGCGGAUGUGUCUUCUCCUGCAGCCACUGCCGCCCGGGACCCGUGCUGUCGGUGGGGUGCGGCAGAAGGCAGGGCACCGCGGGCGCGCAAGCCCUUCAGUCCUCUGCUUGAUGACCGCAUGACCAUGGAGCGCAUCAGAAAGAUGUCGUCCUACCAAGCCAAUUACUGGGCAUGUGCCAUACCAGAUUCGUUACCCCCGUCUCCGGACCGUCACUCACCCCACUGGAACCCCAGUAAAGAGUACGAGGACUUGCUGGAUUAUGCUUAUCCGCUGAAGCCAAGAUACAAGCUGGGAAAGAUGCCGGAGCCUUUCCUCCACGACUCAGGAAUAGGUUUGGACAGCUUUUCUGUUUCCCCUGAGGGCACAUCGAGGUCCACCAGCAUCUACAGCCGAGGUGGGCAGGCUCAGGGAAGCAGAGAAAAUGGACGUUGGGGGUUCGUGGCCUCUGCAGAGAGGUUCUCCGCCCUGGGGCCUGGAAAAAGAGGCCACUCAGGAGCUGGCUCGUACUAUGAACCUUUACCUAUUGCAAAAGCAUCCUUUGCAAAGAGCGCUUCCUCUUGUCCUUCUAGAGGUUUUGCUAAGGAUGUAACGACGGAGUCGGCUAGGCCGGGUUCACCUGGCCGCCCUGCUGCGGAUGGGAGAAGCUGGUGUACCAGAGGGAGCCCCUUUCCAAACUACAAAGGGCAGGCGAAAAGCACUAAUAGGUUUUUACCUACAACAGGAGUGCUCCCCCUGAGGAAAGAGUGGGAGGGCGAUGAAGAAUUUCUCUCCCUGCCUCCGAGACUGCGGGAGCUGGAAAGGCUGGCUCAGUUUUUGUCCAAUCUUUCCUUAACUAUAAGGACGCCCGGGCACGACCACCGAAACCUUCCACGUCACAGCGACAGCAGGCAGCCCCUUUCGUCCGGGUUGGCUCCUUCCAGAGAAGCAGGCGACAGGGACGAAAGAGGGAAUGUUGAGGAUUACGCUGGGCUGUGGCACCCCUGCAGCUCUCGAAAGCCCAGCUGGGAAAACACUGAAUCGUGUGGCCGGAUCCAUAGGGAUCCUCUGCGGGGGCUUCAUCUACCGACCGGUCUCAGGGACACGUUGGAUGGGACGUACCUAAAUGAACCGCAGGUCAAGGGGCAUCUGAAGAAGAGCCAGCAGAGCGAGUCCCUUGCCCAGUGUGUUAAGAUGUUUUGCUGCCAGCUGGAAGAGCUAAUUCGUUGGCUGUACAGUGUCGCGGACAUCACCGACAGCUGGGUCCCAACCUCGCUGGACACGGAGAGCGUGAAGGCAUCGCUGCACCGCUGCUUGGAGUUCAGGAAAGAUGUGGCCGACCACCGGAGCCUGACAGAGAGCGUGCUGGAGAGGGGAGAAGCUCUCCUCGACUGCAUGGUAUCGAAUUCACCAGCUCUGAAAGACACGCUGGGUUUGAUUGCGAAACAGUCAGAAGAGCUAGAAACCCACGCGGAGCACUUGUACGAAUCCGUUCUAGCUGCCGUGGGUCCCAUGCAGGGCGAGGAUGGGAUGGAGGACGAGGGGGUGCAGCAGACGGCUGCUCAGUGGGUGCUGCCUCUGUCAGACCUGGGCUUUGUUAGCCAGUCUCGGGAUGGCUGAAAGGAAUCGCAGCGAGCACCAAACCACCUCUUUCACCUCUUGCAGAGAUGCCAAAUGCGUAUGAUCACUGUGUUCGGAGUUAGCCAGCCUGGGCUGAUUUCAGUUUGGUUUUUUUUUUUUUUUUACCGUGGCUUGAGAAAGGCGAGCUGUACAGCAGUUCCUUGGCUACUGGGAUGCCUAGUUAAUAGUGCUGACUACGUUGGGGAGUUCUGGGAGUGAGGAAUGUACAGCUGGCCUUUUUUUGGUUUAUUUUUUAAUGUAGCUUUCCUUUUUUUAUUGAAGUGGCCUGUUCCAUGUGUUAGCAAAAUGUCAGGAACACGCUGGUUUUUAACUGAGUAAUCCACAGUGUGCCGUGCAACUCACUUCUAAGUAAAGCCGUGUGA